AUUUAAAGUGGAUAUCGGGUCGGGGCGUAGCCUGUCAUGUUACCCCGACACUGGAACUAGUGAGUCUUCUGCAUGAUCCUCCGUAAACGAAUGUUCAGCAUAUGUUCCUUUCUCAUUUUUUUUUCCCUUCCUUACUCAGACAAUGAGGAACUGAGAGUCUCCGAAUGGUCUAACAUUCGACAGGGUUAACAUGGCAUGGUCCACCACGAAACAAUACCUAGACAGCAAUCAACACUUUUAACCAGGCACCCAUACAAUCAAUAUAUCUCCCCCCGUAGACACUCAAUUAGAUCCCAGUUCACAUCUCUUCCUCAAUCCUAUAAAACCCAUGCCCGUCUUCACCGAAUUCGCCGCCUCAGCGCGCGAGCAACGAGUCCUCCGCUCCCUCGCCCCUCCCCUCCCCCGACUCACACCCCCCUUCCAGCCCCAAGACGAAGAUGCAGAAAAAGAACAAUACGAAGUCCUUGUAGUCGGAGCCGGCCCAGCAGGCCUCCUCCUAACGCUCCUCCUCGCCCGCUACGGCUUAACGGACUCCUCCCUCCUCUGCAUCGACUCAAAACCCGCAAUCCUCCGCUCCGGCCAAGCAGACGGCCUCCAACCACGCACACUAGAAGUCUUCAAACAACUGCACCUCUCUGAUGAACUCCUCACCGACGGCUGCAGACUCUACGAAGUCGCCUUCUGGAACCCUAGCACCACCACCACCAACCCAAACAUCAAAUAUCAAGGAAUAACCCGAACCUCCAUCGUCCCUGACAUAACCGUCCCCACCCGCUUCCCCUUUGAAGUCACCCUCCACCAAGGCCGCGUAGAACGCAUCCUCGAAGAUGACCUCCGCCGCUACUCCCCGCGCGGAAUCAGCCGCUCAACAACCCUAAAAUCCGUCCAGAUAGACACCGACGGGAACGCCGAAUUCCCUGUGCUUGCGCAUCUUGAGAAGGACGGAGUGGUCCGGAGCGUACGCGCCAAGUACCUGGUCGGCGCGGACGGGGCACAUUCGGUCGUGCGGAGGUCGAUGGGCGUUGCCCUGGAGGGUGAAUCGACGGAUUAUGUCUGGGGGGUUGUGGAUUUUGUUGCCGAGACGGAUUUUCCGGAUAUUCGGCGGAGGACAGCAAUUCAUUCGGCGUCUGGUUCCGUGAUGGUUAUUCCAAGGGAGAGGAUUGCGUCGGGGGAGUAUUUGACGAGGUUAUAUGUGCAGGUUCCUGAGGGGGUGGUGGCUGCGGACGGGGAUGGGGAUGGGGAUGGUGGGGGGGAGAGAAGGGCGCAGGUUACCCUUGAGGGGAUUUUUGAGCAGGCACGGCUUGCGUUUGCCCCGUACUAUGUGCGGGCGAGGGGGGAGGUGGAUUGGUGGGCGGCGUAUCAGAUUGGGCAGCGGGUUGCGAGGACAUUUGAGGUUAAGGAUGGGAAGGGGGUUGGGAGGGUUUUGAUUGUUGGGGAUGCGUGUCAUACGCAUAGUCCCAAGGCUGGCCAAGGCAUGAACGUCUCCAUGAUGGACUCAUAUAACCUCGCGUGGAAACUAGCCUACAGGCUCCACGGCUUGACACCCGACACCUCCAUCCUCGAUACUUACCAUAUCGAACGCUCCACCAUUGCCCAGGAGCUGAUUGAAUUCGACCGUACCUUCUCAUCCAUGUUCUCUGGUAAAAUGGGCGAGAAUAACGGCAAAGAGACGCUGUCUCAUGAACAAUUCCUGACAGUGUUCAACACUGGCAACGGCUUCACCAGCGGAUGCGGGAUCGAAUAUCCCGAGAAUCAGCUUGUCGACAAGCAUGUCGGUGUCAUUCCUGAGCAGAAAGAUUAUCUUUCAGGGAUACUGCGUCCCGGACGGAGGUUGUUGAAUGUGACUGUGAAGCGUCAUGCGGACGGGUCGCCACGGGAUUUGCAAGACAAUUUCUAUGCCGGUCGCAUCCAUAUCUUGGUACUUACGUCGGGUGAUCUCUUAUCUCCUGUGGGCGUGUCAGCGUCGACGAUAAAUACUAUCGGUAGCAAUGUCUUGCCGUCUUUCCCAGAAUCUGUUGUAGAGUUGAUUGUUAUUCAUCCGAGACUGUCUCGGGACUUUGUCUGGGAAGAUGUCCCCGAGACGAUCAAGGAUCGCGCGGAGAUGCAGUUCUACGAUGGCGUUACUCUGCAGGAUGUGUAUCCCGUAUAUGGAGUUCCACCGGAACAGGGCAUUUUGGCUGUGAUCCGGCCAGAUGGAUACGUGGGUACCCUGGCCCGACUAGAUGAUGUUGAUCGGAUCGAAAAGUAUUUACGACGGUUCUUGCAAAAGGUCUAA